AUGAAUACAAUUAAAUUAAGGAUAGCAUGUGUUCAAUAUAAUCCAAGAAUUGGUCAGAUUGAUUCUAAUAUUCUGCACGUUAAAAGAUUACUUUUAUCUAGUAAUCUAACUAAACCAGAUAUAAUCAUCUUACCAGAGCUCGCUGUAACAGGAUACAAUUUCAAGGAUAAAGAUCAUAUCCAAACAUCAUUAGAUAGCCUCCAGAAUAUUCAGCUGGGAAAGUCAAUAAAGUUUGGACAAGAAUUAUCUAAGUUAUAUAAUUGUUUUACUAUUAUCGGGUACCCUGAGAAAUUUCAAGGUCUGACAAUUUAUAAUAGUGCGGUUUUGAUAUCGCCUAUCGGAACCAUAUUGCAUAACUACAGGAAGACUUUCCUUUAUGAGACUGAUGAGAAAUGGGGAUGCUCAGAAAAUCCACAGCGUGGGUUUAAAUCAAUUGAUGUUGUUUUUGAUCGAGAAUUUUAUACUAAUCCAGAUCCACAAAAGAACUAUUCUAAAGUAAGGACAAAUUUUGGUAUUUGUAUGGAUUUGAAUCCAUAUAAGUUUGAAGCACCAUUUAAUGAAUUCGAGUUCUCGCUUGCGAGUUAUAUACAAGGAGCCAAAUUGAUCUUAUGCCCAAUGGCAUGGCUAUCCCCACUAUCACCUUCUAUUACAAAAGUCUCUAAGUAUGAAUUAGAAAAUGAAAAUGAAGCUGAUGAUUCUACUGUGAAUUAUUGGAUACUCAGAUUCUUCCCCUUUUUACUGCAUAGGAAUAGUAUUUUACCCAAAUCAUUUGGUAAGGUUAAUGUUGUAUGUUGUAACAGGAUUGGGCUUGAGGAUGAUGUGCUUUUUGGAGGUUCAUCAUCAGUCAUUGAAUUCGAUAGUACUAAAGGUUUGGAUGAAAAAAUUAAUUCAGAGAAUCCCAGUGUAAAUGUGCUAGGCAGUCUUGGAAAGAACACAGAGGGUGUGCUCAUACGAGAUAUAGAAGUAGAGUUAGAUUAG